GAGAUAUAAGAGUUCGGGUUGUUGGCUGGGGCAGUUGUCGAGAGGUAGGCUAUUGCAAUUGUGAUACAAAUCGAAAAAACUAUGAAAUCCGCCUUCGCAGCUGCCGAAACAACGGUAGCAUGGUAGCUUUGGAAGGGGGUUUGCAAGACGAGCACCGAUAUCUAUACGUUACUGCAAUUGUAACACCGAAUUACUUAUCCCCCUGAUCGAGUCGGGUAAACCACCGUCCGAGAUGGGGAAGGAGGUUAAUGGUGUUUCGCGGAGCCGGUUUGAGGUGAGUUUAUAAUAUAUGCGAUUGAUAGAUUACAUAAUUAUUUUUGAUUGGUGUUAUGGUGUUUGUUAAACUGCGUCCAUGGUUGCGCACCGAUGCAGCUUCCGCAGUCAAUGUUUGGAUUAGGGAAAUGUUGUUUUCAAGUAACGACAACAUCUUAAUUUCUUCAAUAGCCUACCAGAAUUUGCUAUUAUUAAAUGAGAUUAUAGUUUAACAUGUUGUGUUUUAUAAAGCAUUCAUAGGUUUCAAGGCUAAUUAAAAUUGUGGAGCCUAUCCGAGCUUUCUCUUUGUGCCGUCAAAACAAAGACAAUGGCAUAAAGACAGACUUUUAGGCUUCACACUGAUACGAAGCUCUAUUUUCCUUCGUUUUAUAAACAUAACAUGUGAUAUAAUAUUCGGGCCUACUCCAUCCUACUGUGACUGAGUUAUUUCACAGAGUUGGAGAAUUGGAUUGUUGUCCUUGAUCAGCUAGGGUUCUGUUGUGUAGGCUCAUGGCCGCUGCGGGUUGAUUCUGCUACAGAUGGGCCAUUCGCUCGGCCACGACUUGGCUAUUCCACCACCACACUCCAAAUAUCAACAGCAAAUACAACAUGAUCUAUCCGUUUUUCAAAUCAUACAGGCUGUGAUUUUCUUAUAGAUGUUUACGUUGACAGAAGCCCCAUGUUGUUUUUCAUGCAAGCGAUCGUUAUUCAACGUUGUGGCAAAGUUUUCGUCGCUUUAUACACAGCGAUAAAGAAUGCACCAAUUGUGAAAUAUGGCUUUGGAUAAAUGCAGUCUCAUUAACAAAUGCCGUCCGUGUGUGUUCACGCCGUGACAUUGGCCUGUCUAUCCUGAGCACUCGAUGUUGUUUAAUCCUCAACUAGGCGACGUGGGAUUUGUGUGGUUUUAUUUAUUUUUAACGGUGCAACAGCUGACGACUCAUAAGAUUCAGGCCGUACCUUCUGGCCUGACGGGUUGACAGCUGCCGCAGAUACGUGAUCUGUAGUUUAUUAGCCAAUAUCAAUGGACUUCAACGGUUUGGAGAGUAGAAUUGAAAUUGGGUUGCAUUUAAAGGCAGGCCUAUAAUAAACGCCCCUGUUUUUUUUUAUGGAUCAACAUAUUGCAUAUUGUCAAGUAGCCUAGUGUUGAAGAUUUGAAACGAUACAGUUUGAUUUUCCCUCUAUCUUGCGUUGUGCGUAUUUAGUUUCCAAAGGGAUGAGGUUGGGGUGUUGUCCUCAACAAUCCUUACAGUGUGAAUCAAUCAUGUAGUGUAACCAAGACUUGGCAACACAAAUCCCUUAAGUCUUGAGCAUUUUAAACAGUUUUUCAUAGACCAGAGCCUAAAAUGUUAUAAGAGAAUUCUAAAUUCUAACCCAUUGACUUUGAGUUUUGUUUUGUAUUCUGAACAUUCUAUUUCAACGUUUUUUAGACCACACUAUCAGUUAUUUAACUAAUAGAAAGUCAUUGAUAUCUAGAGAUAUUCUUGAUAUGAUUUCAUAUUCAAAUAGUAGAGAAAAUUGUGAACAAUUAGUACAGUUAACUUUUUCCAUAUCAUGAUGGUAAAUGAUCCAAAAUGAGUUAUUUAAAAAAUUUCUAAAUAGUAUGAUUGGAGAUUCAAACAUGUUUUAGCCUUAUUUCAAACCAUUUGAUAUACAAUAGGAUAUAUCACAUGGAAGAGUAUUUCUCACCAUUCAAGAAAAGGUACUCUGUAAUAAUAUGUGACAUAACAUACUCAAAUCAUAAGGCCAGUUCCAUAGUAAGGGAAUUGAGUUGAGACUCAGAUUUUUCACUUAAAAUGUAUGCCAAACAAAAACCAUUGAUUUCAAAGUUUAACAAACCAUACAACUCUAUGCACAAUGACUACCUUUGAAAACUAUUUACACUGAACAUUUUACAAAAACACAUUUACUGGAAGAACUGUGCAGAUGCAAAGUUUGGUGACAGAAGUUUGGUAAAAUCACAGUGUCAACAUUUUCUAGAAACUCAAAACAUCUGCUCCGAAUUAAGGUUCAACGAUGGGGUGUCAGCUAUGACAUGACACAAUGACUUUGAAAAAAUCUCUUUUGAUUAUUAAACUACAGCAAGUGAAGUGGAUUUACACCCGGUAACGGAAUUGCAGUAACAGAAAUUCAUCAUGGGUCCCUGAUCUGUACUACACAGAAAUGCAUAGUUAUGGAUAUGAAUGUCAUCCUCUUCAUGGUUAUGUAUCCUAAAUAGGUAUACAAAUGUAUAAAUAUGUAAUAUCCUCCUCUGCAUAUUUGGGUAUUAUUCUACACACUGGCUAUUAUUUUAAUGAGCUCUGCCCCCAAACAAGACCAAAUUUGGUUGGUCCAGACCAAAUCAAAACCAAUCAUAGACUUGUUUCACAAGUUUGGACAUCAAAGUACAGUACAACACAAUAGAGCUCAGUAAAGGACAGAACCGUAGAGUUCAGUAUAGUUUACCAUUGUAGCCAAUUCAAUUGCAGAAAUUCAGUUACCAAUUAUAAUUCUUUUAGAUUACAUUUUUUAUUAUUAUUUUUGUCUGUUGUUGGAAAUUCCGUUACUGAUUUGGUAAUUUUGGGGUUGAAUCACUUAAUAAUUAAUAAACAAUAUGUAUAUCAGUAAAAACACUAACUUACUGAUAGGUCUACCUUUACUUGUUACUUCUUAAAGAUAUGUGGGUUUUUGGUAAAGGAAUUUCAAGGCACAAGGCAAUGUUUCUUAAACUUACACAAGGCAAUUUUUUUAUAUACAAAACUAAACAUGUUGAUAUUAGUUGGCAGGGGUCUUUAUUUACUUCCGCAUUAUUGUUUUGAUGUAUUUCUAAUACCUUUAAGACUUUUUCUGGUAGAUGUUUUCUAAGACCCCUUUUCCAUCUGUUUGACCAGAAAUCAAAGCCUUUGCUUAUUCUGAAAUGUUUAGGAUGGAAAAUGGUUGAAAAAUGUAUAUAUGCCUUAAUUUCUCAAAAAUAUAGACUCUUAGCUUUCGUUUGACACCCAAUUUGACAUGCUCCCAUGAACUUCACAUGUUGGUGCUCAUGGGUCCUUUUUAAAUGGAAAUGACCAAUAACUACUGUAGCCCUGCAAACAACCAUAUAAAGUUACACCACAAAGGAAAAACAUUGUAGCCUAUGUGCCCCAGACCAUGCGCAUUUGGAAAUGGCCGUGGAUUAUUCGACCUGUUGACUAGUUCUCUGAAAGGCAAGCUGUCAGAGUGAAUUUGCCCCAAAUCCAAAAGCCUGUCCUUUCCUGCUCCCUCGGAGUGUGAAAGUAAACAGGGAUCGUAGGAGAGGCUUAAUGUACUAUUGACCCAGUGUGUCCACUGAAUUUGUAUAAUAAGUUAACAGAAAAUAAAUCAUAGGUUCACAUUCAAAAUAUACAUACAGUGCAUUCGGAAAGUAUUCAGACCCCUUGACUUUUUCCACAUUUUGUUACGUUACAGCCUUAUUCUAAAAUUGAUGAAAUUGUUUUGUUCCCCCCUCAUCAAUCUACACACAAUACCCCAUAAUGACAAAGCAAAAACAGGUUUUUAGAAAUUUUUGCAAAGAAGAAAACAGUGACAUGAUCAGACCGGAUGGAAGGACGUCUCACACGGGUUUGAUUAGGAGACAGAAAAUGUCUCCCUUCCUCUCGAUCUCUCUUCAUCCCACUCACUCGGUCACCCCCUUUCUCCUGUCAAGCUUUGCCAUUGAACCUAUCUCGACUGAUGAGACAGUGAUCGUUUAUCAUUAUGUGCUGGAACUGUGGAGCAGAGAGAAUAGAGGAAGUCCUGGCUGGUCCUGCUGUGAGUGACAGAGCCAGAGGAAGUUAACACGCUCUUCUUCAUCUCUUCCUCACAGAUGUUCUCAAACAGCGACGAGGCCGUCAUCAAUAAGAAGCUGCCCAAGGAGCUGUUGCUACGGUGAGCGAGGGCUUUUCAAUGACUGGGCUGGAUGCAGACACAGAAUAUGGCAUGUCACAUGCUCAACACCAUCAAAUAUCUUAACCUGCCCAAAACACAGCUGUGUACACUCUGAUCCACCUGCUCUUUCCCUUUUCCACACAACACAGCCACUGACAAUUAGGGAGGUUACAUCAUGACACUUGAGUGGUCACCUUAGAAACUAAGGGUCACUAUACUGAGGCUUUAGUGGCUUGGUCAACAUCCCCAACCAACUGCCAUAUGCCACUCCCUUCAUGCUCCCCAUCCCACUUCCCCAAUUUCUCCUCCCCCAAUGCUAAAACUGUAAAUAAACACAGAUGGUCUGGGCUAUAAAACAUUCAAAUCGAUUAAGCAUAAAAAAAAAGUCAAAAGCCCCUGAGCAAACAGAAAAUGGAGGCCAUAACUCAAGCCUGGGUCUCGCCAGCAGAACGGGGGCCACAGACUGAGCUCUGAUUUACUAGGGCUUUUGGGUUAGGGGCAGGCUGGCCAAGGCCAAUUGCAACAUUAUACUCACCCUACAUCACACUGGGCUGCAGAGUGCAAUGUGUUACAUAUGAAUCCAUCACACAUACAUACCUAUUCUUGAAGGGCAUAGACAGCAAGGCAGUAUUCACACCCCUUGACUUCUUCCACAUUUUGUUGUGUUACAGUCUGAAUUUAAAAUGGAUGAAAUUGCGAUUUUAUUUUGUCACUGGCCUACACACAAUACCCCAUAAUGUCAAAGGGGAAUUGUUUUUUGAAGGAAGGAAACUGCUCAGGAAUUUCACCAUGAGGCCGGUGGUGACUUUAAAACAGUUACAGAGUUUAAUGGCUGUGAUAGAAGAAAACUGAGGAUGGAUCAACAGCAUUGUAGUUACUCCACAAUACUAAUCUAAUCGAUAGUGAAAAGAAGGAAGCCUGUACAGAAUACAAAUAUUCCAAAACAUUAAACAUGCAUCCUGUUUGCAACAAGGGACUAAAGUAAUACUGCAAAAAAUGUGGCAAAGCAAUUAACUUUUUGUCCUGAAUACAAAGUGUUAUAUUUGGGGCCAAUACAUUACUGAGUACCACUCUCCAUAUUUUCAAGCAUAGUGGUGGCUGCAUCAUGUUAUGGGUAUGCUUGUAAUCGUUAAGGACCGUGGAGUUUUUCAGGAUUAAAAAGAAACGGAAUGGAGCUAAGUACAGGGGGAAAAAUCCUCGAUGAAUUCACCUUUCAGCAGGACAAUAACCUAAAACGCAAGGCCAAAUCUACACUGGAGUUGCUUACCAAAAAGACAGUGAAUGUUCCUGAGUGGCCGAGUUACAGUUUGACUUAAAUCUACUUGAAAAUCUAUGGCAAGACCUGAAGAUUCACAGGUGUAAUUGCUGUAAAAGGUGCUUCUACAAAGUAUUGACUCAGGGGUGUGAAUACUUAUGUAAAUAAGAAUUUGAAAUAAACAAAAAGAAACGACAGUCCAUUACUUUAAGACAUGAAGGUCAGUCAAUAUGGAACAUUUCAAGAACUUGGAACGUUUCUUCAAGUGCAGUCGCAAAAACCAUCAAGCGCUAUGAUGAAACUGGCUCUCAUGAGGACCACCACAGGAAUGGAAGACCCAGAGUUACCUCUGCUGGAUAAGUUCAUUAGAGUUACCAGCCUCAGGAAUUGCAGCCCAAAUAAAUGCUUCAGAGUUCAAGUCACAGACACAUCUCAACAUCAACUGUUCAGUGGGGACUGUGAAUCAGGCCUUCAUGGUCAAAUUGCUGCAAAGAAACCACUACUAAAGGACAUCAAUAAGAGGAAGAGACCUGCUUGGGCCAAGAAACACGAGCAAUGGACAUUAGACCAGUGGAAAUUUGUCCUUAGGUCUGGAGUCCAAAUGUGAGAUUUUUGGUUCCAACCGCCGUGUCUUUGUGAUACGCAGAGUAGGUGAACGAAUGAUUUCUCUAUGUGUGGUUCCCACCAUGGAGGAGGAGGAGGAGGAGGUGUGGGGGUGCUUUGCUGGUGACACUGUCUGUGAUUUAUUUAGAAUUCAAGGCAGACUUAACCAACAUGGCUACCACAGCAUUCUGCAGUGAUACGCCAUCCAAUCUGGUUUGCGCUUAGUGGAACUAUCAUUUGUUUUUCAACAGGACAAUGACCCAACACACCUCCAGGCUGUGUAAGCCAAGAAGGAGAGUGAUGGAGUGCUGCAUCAGAUGACCUGGCCUCCACAAUCACCUGACCUCAACCCAAUUGAGAUGGUUUGGGAUGAGUUUGACCGCUGAGUGAAGGAAAAGCAGCCAACAAGUGCUCAGCAUAUGUGGGAACUCCUUCAAGACUGUUGGAAAAGCAUUCCAGGUGAAGCUGGUUGAGAGAAUGCCAAGAGUGUGCAAAGCUGUCAUCAAGGCAAAGGGUGGCUACUUUUGGUUACAUGAUUCCAUAUGUGUUAUUUCAUAGUUUUGAUGUUUUCACUAUUAUUCUCCAAUGUAGAAAAUAGUAAAAAUAAAGAACCCCUUGAAUGAGUAGGUGUGUCCAAACUUUUGACAGGUACUGUAUGUGUGUGUGUGUGUGUGUGUGUGUGUGUGUGUGUGUGUGUGUAUACACACACACACAAAAGUAUGUGGACCCACCUUCAAAUUAGUGGAUUGGGCUAUUUCAGUCACACCUGUUGCUGACAGGUGUAUAAAAUCGAGCACACAGCCAUGCGAUCUCCAUAGACAUUGGCAGUAGAAUAGCCUUACUGAAGAGCUCAGUGACUUUCAACGUGGCACCGUCAUAGGAUGCCACCUUUCCAACAAGUCAGUUUGUGAAAUUUCUGCCCUGGUCAACUGUAAGUGCUGUUAUUGUGAAGUGGAAACGUCUAGGAGCAACAAUGGCUCAGCCGCGAAGUGGUAGCCACACAAACUCACAGAACGGGACCGCAGAGUGCUGAAGCGCGUAAAAAAUGGUCUGUCCUCAGUUGCAACACUCACUACAGAGUUCCAAAAUGCCUUUGGAUGCAACGUCAGUACAAUAACUGUUAGUCUGGAGCUUCAUGAAAUGGGUUUCCAUGGCCUAGCAGCCUCACACAAGCCUAAGAUCACCAUGCGUAAUGCCAACCGUCGGCUGGAGUGGUGUAAAGCUCGCCGCCAUUGGACUCUGGAGCAGUGGAAACACGUUCUCUGGAGUGAUGAAUCACACUUCACCAUCUGGCAGUCCGACUGACAAAUCUGGGUUUGGCGGAUGCCAGGAGAACGCUACCUGCCCGAAUGCAUAGUGCCAACUGUAGAGUUUGGUGGAGGAGGAAUAAUGGUCUUGGGCUGUUUUUCAUGGUUCGGGCUAGGCCCCUUACUUCCAGUGAAGGGAAAUCUUAACGCUACAGCAUACAAUGACAUUCUAGACUAUUCUGUGCUUCCAACUUUGUGGCAACAGUUUGGGGAAGGCCCUUUCCUCUUUCAGCAUGACAAUGCCCCCGUGCGCAAAACGAGGUCCAUACAGAAAUGGUUGUCGAGAUUGGUGUGGAUGAACUUGACUGGCCUGCACAGAGCCCUGACCUCAACCCAAUCGAACCUUUGGGAUGAAUUGGAACGCCGACUGCGAGCCAGGCCUAAUCGCCCAACAUCAUUGCCGACCUCACUAAUUCUCUUGUGGCUUAAUGGAAGCGAGUCCCGGCAGCAAUGUUCCAAUAUGUAGUGGAAAGCCUUCCCAGAAGAGUGGAGGCUAUUACAGCAGCAAAGGGUGGACCAACUCCAUAUUAAUGCCCAUGAUUUUGGAAUGAGAUGUUCGACGAGCAGGUGUCCACAUACUUUUGGUCAUGUAGUAUGAUCAAAAGUAUGAAAAAUGUAUGCACUCACUAACUGUAAGUCGCUCUGGAUAAGAGCGUCUGCUAAAUGACUUAAAUGUAAAUGUAGUGUAUGUUUGUGUGUUUUUUUGUUUUGCUACAUAUAUAUAUAUAUAUAUAUAUAUAUAUAUAUAUACACACACACACACACAGAGUAUACCGAACAUUAGGAACACCUUCCUAAUAUUGAGUUGCACUCCCCCCUUUAGCCCUCGGAACAGCCACAAUUCGUUGGGGCAUGGACAUUCCACAGCGAUGCCGGCCCAUGUUGACUCCAGUGCUUCCCACAGUUGUGUGAAGUUGCUGGAGGUCCUUUUUGGUGGUGGACCAUUCUUGAUACACAGGGGAAACUGUUGAGCGUGAAAAACCCAGCAGCGUUGCAGUUCUCGACACAAACCAGUGCGCCUGGCACCUACUACCAUACUCCGUUCAAAGGCACUUAUAUUUUUAGUCUUGCCCAUUCACCCUCUGAAUGGCACACAUACACAAUCAAUGUCCCAAUUGUCUCAAGGCUUAAAAAUCCUUCUUUAACUUGUCUCCUCUUCAUCUACACUGAUUUUGAAGAGGAUUUAACAAGUGACAUAAAUAAGGGAUCAUAGCAUUCACCUGGUCAGUGUACAGUAUGUCAUGGAAAGAGCAGGUGUUCUUAAUGUGUGUGUGUGUAAUGCCCCACCACACAAUCCUUCUGCAAAAGUAAUCUAUUUAUCUAGCCUUCAAACACAAUAACCAUAAUAGAGUGAACAUAAAUUCACACACACACACACAAUAACACAAUCAUAACAGUGUAAUAUGCAGUGUAUGCUCAUCAAAACACAUACUGGCAUACAUAGCAGAGUUCUGUAUGUAAUUAUAUGGGUAGAACAGGGGUUCUGGGCAGAGCCUUGUAUACAUAGAGGGCUCUGGUUCUGAUUCUGGGUACCAGGGGUUCUGAACCAUCCCUGUCUGUGUUCCAGAAUCUUCUCCUUUCUGGAUGUGGUGACACUCUGUCGCUGUGCCCAGGUCUCACGGGUGAGUUUGUGUUUUUUGAAGUGUGUAUUUGGUUCAGUGUGUGCAAUUGUGUGUUGGACAGAAUAGUGAAACCAGUGAAGUUGACCUUGUGCCCCUCUCUCCCUCAGUCGUGGAAUGUGCUCGCCCUGGACGGCAGUAAUUGGCAGAGGAUCGACCUUUUCGACUUUCAGAGAGAUAUUGAGGUCAGGAAGUCUCGCAUAUCCUUUAUUCUCCUGUCCUCUCCAUCUCCUCCUCACCUCCCAUUGAUUUAUCCAUUUUUUUUUGUCUGUCUUGCCAUCUUUUAUGGAAACAAAGUGGACAUUCAUGGCUUUAACCUUUUUUGACCUUUAUAAACUCAAACAACAUUGACUUUAAACCCACACACCGUGAUUAUCUAUGAUUUGAAUUCAGGACCUUAGCAGUUGGUUGUCUACCAAAGGAAAGUUCUAAUUGACUACUAUUGAUGUUGUGCGUUCACCACAAUCAAUGCCAUGUACUGUAUGUCCAUCUAUUGACCUUGUCACUGUAUGGAUGACUACAGAUUAUUAUUUGAAGGGUACGACUGAUAUAUUCACACAUGUGACAAGUUAGUACAUUGUCAUUAUCAACAAUGAAUUACCUGAACAUCAGGUCAAGUAUAAUCAUGUCUGCCAGAAUUGAGUGCAAUAUUAAGACAGACGCUCUGCGAAAUUGGUUCAAGUUAAGCAGUCAGUGUUUACAAAGAUGGUUGAGUUUUGCCUAAACAGGCAGACCUACCCUAUUUUUAUAUAAAUAGACUGCUUCUGCUACAUGUAUUUUUGCAUGCAUGUAUGCGAUAGUGAAGAUGAUCUGGGGAUGAAUCUAUGUUUUAUGAGAGGCGUUUGUUUGUGUGUUGCAGGGGCGAGUGGUGGAGAACAUCUCAAAACGAUGUGGGGGAUUCCUGAGGAAGCUGAGUCUGAGGGGCUGUCUGGGGGUCGGGGACAGCGCUCUGAGGUGAGGACUGACUGGGAAUCUGGCCUAGACUGGGUGCUCUGGGCACUAAGAAAGGAGGGUGAGGGGAGGAGAUUUAUGUGGGCGCUGGAGGGCAAGUACACACACUCCACAGUGCAAAUAUGUCUGUUCCUGUUUGUUUUUUAACAGAACCUUCUCCCAGAACUGCAGGAAUAUUGAGCUGCUUAGUUUGAAUGGCUGCACCAAGAUUACUGACAGGUAUUUGCAGACAUUUAUGCCUUAUUCUUGUUUAGUAUAAUUCUGUUAUGUUAUGUUAAUGUAUUAAGUGUUACAUUAUUAUAUCUGUAAGCCUCUCUUGUCUCUUUCUCUCCCAUGCAGCACAUGUAAUAGCCUCAGUAAGUUCUGUCCCAAGCUCAAGCACUUGGACCUUGCCUCCUGUACCUCAAUCACCAACCUGUCACUCAAAGCACUUAGGUGAGUGGGGCUUCAUGGUCUCUCUGUCUCCCUCUCUCUUGCGCACACACACUCAUACUGUCAGCAUUCCUGGAAAAACCUUGUCACUCACCUUUUGGUGAUUUGAUUAUGAAGUAGUCCAUGACAGUUUGUUGACGCUAGGACUAAUAUAAGCCAUUCAAAAUGUCCUGUGACUUUUGAGAUACAAGGUUUUUCCAGGGCUCCGACAAUACUCACUCUCUCACACACACACACCAGGGAGUCUCCUCAGCAGGAGCAGAUGGUUGCAUCUGUUGUACAAGUGUAGGGUGAACAGGUAAAUCAGCGAUUCAGGGGAUGUGCAUAAAUAUGGGACACAUUUGUUGUUGUUUUGCUGGCUUUUUAUCUGUGUCGUGGUCUGACCCAUUUCUUCCCCUGCAGUGAGGGCUGUCCUCUGUUAGAGCAGCUCAACAUCUCGUGGUGUGACCAGGUGACUAAGGAUGGCAUCCAGGCCUUGGUACGAUGCUGCCCUGGACUCAAAGGCCUUUUCCUCAAGGGCUGCACACAGGUAAGGCCAGGGCCAGGGCAGGGCAACAAAAGGGUCAGCUGGAGAUGGGACCAGGCUAAAGUUAAAUUGGACCAUUAAAAAGCAUAACGCCGCUACCUCAGUCUAAGCAAGGUGCAUGAACAGAAGAACAGACUGGAUAUGUGAGAGGUAUUCAAGACACCCUUGGAGGUGAAAUAAACAAAUGGAUCGUGUAAGGUUAGUAUUGUAGCCAGGAGGAUGAGGCGUAGACUGAAGGGCUGACUGAGGGGAGAGGGGCUUAGCUAGUCUAGAUAUGGGACCAGGGCUAAUGUUUGUAUUGCAAGCAGUGUGAUGGGGAUGGUAGAUCCAAACAGCAGGUAGGACAUUUAGUUGCAAAAGGGGGUUAGCUAGCUAGCUUAUUGGUGGGGUUACCUUGGUGCACUGCUAAUGGGAUUUCAAAUGACACCCUCUCUCUCUCACUCCCUCUGUCUCCUAUCUGCUUCUUUCCAUCUCCACCUAUUAACUAGUUGGAGGAUGAAGCACUGAAGCACAUUGGGGCACACUGUCCAGAGCUGGUCACUCUCAACUUGCAGACGUGUUCGGUAAGCAAGCACCUCUUUCACAGUGUUUAUGUCACAUAACAGCAAAACCUGC